CGAGACAAAGAAUACGCAGAAGAGCUACAGCUUCGUGAGGCCAUUGAAGCGACUAAACUUAUGCCUAAAAGCAAAUCCAAAAGAACAUACGAUGACGAUAAUGAUGAAGAAAAUGAGAUUGGCUCUCUUUUUGGAAAUACCACUAUAUCCGAUCUAUAUUCUUUCCAGGCUUCUCAAUUGAUAUCCGUAGCAGAUACUAAAUAUGCAUUAGAUGCAUUUUAUAAAAUUGAGCAGCAAGAACAAAGAGAUCAUGAGUUUGCUCGCAAGCUUCAACAGUUUGACGAAGACGGCUAUGACAUCGACCGGAUAAGAGAGGACGAAGAAAUGCCUGAUGCAUCUUCCGAUACCGAUCAAGAUGAAGAAAGUUUCGAUAAUAAUAAAGAAAUUGAUGAUGAAGAUUACGAUACAAUUCAAGAGACUGAUAAUUGCGAAGAUUAUGAUACUAGUUUUGGGAUUGAUAAUGAUGAUGAAGGUUUCGAUACAAAUCAGGAGGUUAGCUUUAACAAUACCAGUCAAGAUAUUGAUCAUAAUCAUACAGAUGACGAGUCUGAAGAGAUUUCUAAUAGGUUUUCUCGUGGGUUACACUUUAAAGACACAGACUCAGAGGAUGAACGAUCUUAUCACAAUUCCGAUAAAGAGAAUGAAGAAGAAAACGAUUUCAAUAAUCAGUUUCAGAAGGAUGAGAAAAAGCGUAAACGCGAAGUACUGGCAGUGCAAACUGUGCCUGUCAAACGUAGGUUCUGUGAAACUGAAAUAUCGUUGAACGCUAAUGACGUGAAUGGCAAAGGCAAAGGAAAGAUUGUUCAUGAUUCGACGGACGAUGAUAAAGCUAAUCACCAAGCCGAAAUACUACAACUACCAAAUGGAAAUCACCAAUGCAAUUCUUGCUUUGACAAAUUCUCAACUUUUGAUUUGAGUGCAGAUCUCGAUAAGAUGGCAACCAGCAGUGCCAAUUUAGGCGUUAUUUUAGAUUGCAAACACUGUUUUUGUUUGGCAUGCAUGAAAAAUUACUUAAAUUCGAUGCUUAAAGACGAGGUCGUGGACUUUCCUAUCAAAUGUCCAUUGAAGUGUGCUGAUGUAAUAAUUGCUGAAAGAAUAGUAGAAAAGUCAUUAACAAAAAAAGAUUUGGAAACUUAUUAUUUAAAAAUGACUGUAUCUAGCAUUAAGAAUAAAGUAUAUUGCCCCAACAAAAGAUGCAGUGCGAUGAUUGACUAUGACCAUGACGAGUCUCAACCAACUUAUCCUCUUACAUGUCCAAUGUGUCGCGAGUUAUUUUGCCCAGUAUGUCACGUAAAGUGGCACGAAGAUUUGACGUGUAAGGAAUAUCAGGCCAUUCCUCCUCAUGAGCGUUCACCAGAAGAUCGCGAGGUACUCAAUCUGGCCAAAUUCGAACGUUGGCAACGUUGUCCUAAGUGUAACAUGUUAGUUCAAUUGGAAACCGGAUGCAAUCAUAUUACUUGUAGAUGCAAAGCUGAAUUUUGUUAUGUUUGUGGUUCGGAUUGGAACCGCGAGACGGAGAGAUGUCAAAAAAGAUGUGAAUUAUGGGAUGAGACUAUGUUAUUGGAGGAACGUACUCGUCGUGAUUUAUUGGCCCAACAACAGGCGCAGCAACAAGCUCAAAAUCAAAUUCGUGACAAUUUAUUGGACAACAUAG